UUUGACGCGGGGCUGGAACACACCAACCGUGAGAUCAUGACCUGAGCCGGAGUCAGGCGCCCCUCAUCUGGGGAUGUUUUAAAAGCUACAUUCCCGCGGUGCCAUUCACAGUAGACGAAAUGAAUCAUAUGUCUGGGGGUGGGACCCUGGAAUACCUUCCUUUUUUUGGUCAAGCCCCCAGCGUGGAGCAAACACUAGAAGAUUUUUGAUCUUCCGCAAUGGGUGAGCCACAACAAGUGAGUGCCCUUCCGCCACCUCCAAUGCAGUACAUCAAGGAAUAUACAGAUGAAAAUAUUCAGGAAGGCCUAGCUCCCAAGCCUCCACCUCCAAUAAAAGACAGUUAUAUGAUGUUUGGCAAUCAGUUCCAAUGUGACGAUCUUAUCAUUCGCCCUUUAGAAAGUCAGGGCAUCGAACGACUUCAUCCUAUGCAGUUUGAUCACAAGAAAGAACUGAGAAAACUCAAUAUGUCUAUUCUUAUUAAUUUCUUAGACCUCUUAGAUAUCUUGAUAAGAAGCCCUGGGAGUAUAAAACGAGAAGAGAAGCUAGAAGAUCUUAAGCUGCUUUUUGUGCAUGUGCAUCAUCUCAUAAAUGAAUACCGACCCCACCAAGCAAGAGAAACAUUGAGAGUCAUGAUGGAGGUGCAGAAACGUCAACGCCUUGAAACAGCUGAACGGUUUCAAAAGCACUUGGAGCGAGUCAUUGAGAUGAUUCAGAAUUGCUUGGCUUCUUUGCCUGAUGAUUUGCCCCAUUCAGAAGCAGGGAUGAGAGUAAAAACUGAACCAAUGGAUGCUGAUGAUAGCAACAAUUGUACUGGACAGAAUGAACAGCAAAGAGAAAAUUCAGGUCAUAGGAGAGACCAGAUUAUAGAGAAAGAUGCUGCCUUGUGUGUCCUCAUUGAUGAAAUGAAUGAAAGACCAUGAAGGACGUUUCUUCUUUUUUUUUCUUUUCCCUUUUCAGUAAAUGGCGUAUAUUGGUUAAUUUGCUCUUGGAGAGUCUUAAAAGAGGUAUAUCUAGAAGUCAUGUAAAUGGCUUGACUCCAGCCUUAUCAAUCAUGAGAUGUCACAGGCCAUUUCACUUUAUGACAAACAUAGGCAAAUGAGUAUGCAUACAGUAAGGGUAAUCGCCUUAAAAAGCAGAGUGCUGCAGUUGUGUGAAACAUUCCUGGUUUUGGAGUUGCGUAGAAUGUUGGAGAUAUCCUCAGUAAUAGCAGGCCUUCAUCUUUGAAAAGUAGAUUUGUCAUUUGCUUUAAGAAUGAUCGAUAAAUAAAGGAUAACAAGCUGAAUAAAUGUGAAAUUCUAAAAUCUUUAGAUUUAUUUUACUUAAUCUCUAAAAAAGUAGUAUAACAUGCUAAAAGAGAGGAACCCCAUAGAGUUAUAAAACAGCAGUUUUGUGUUUCCUCUCUACUGCUUCUGUAAACACACUAUCUGAGCUACUUGACCCUACCCUGGAUAGGUCUCAAAAUUUUUUUCUACUCAGAUAAUAAAUCCUUUGAUCACUUUUAGUUACAAACA